CUGUCAUGGAUGCGUAAAUCACCUAGGCAACAGUCAAACUUUUCACCAAUUUCAGCGAGCCACCGAAGAAAAUUCUACUUUUUUACGAAAAUGACGACCGAACGAAUAAUUCCCUCGCCGAACACGCUCGUCAAAUACGACAAUCCUACGCUCGUAUCGAAGCGAGAAACCAAAGCGGGACCGUCCGGCGACGAAGGCAAAAAAGUCGCGCUGACGGCCGACGUUAAACGCGAAACCGAGGAAAUCCUGAACACCAUCCUGCCGCCGAAGGAAUGGGAGGAGGACGGGCAAAUGUGGCGGCAAUGCGUCUCCACCAAUCCUGCGACCAGAUUGGACGUGGUCAAUUUGCAGGAGCAAUUAGACAUGAGGCUGCAACAGAGACAGGCCAGAGAAACCGGCAUUUGCGCCGUCAGAAGGGAAUUGUACACGCAAUGCUUCGACGAAAUCAUCAGACAAGUAACCAUAAAUUGCGCAGAAAGGGGGCUGUUAUUGCUGAGGGUAAGGGAUGAGAUGCGCAUGACCAUAGAGGCCUACCAGGCUCUGUACUGCAGCAGUGUCGCCUUUGGUAUGAGGAAAGCGCUGCAAGCGGAGCAAGGUAAGACGGAUCUGUUCAACGAAGUAGAGAAUCUCAAAGUGGAGAAACAGGACCUGGAACAGCAAAUAAUGGAAUUGAAGCAGAAAGCGGAACAGGCGGAAAGGCGGGCAGCCGAGACCCGCAUGGCUGAAGAAAGGAAACACACGGAAGAAAUAGCAUUUUUGAAGAAAACCAACCAACAGCUGAAGUUACAACUAGAAGGUAUUUUGGCGCCGAAGAAAUAA